AUGUACUCUGCCGGUCAGUUCAUGAACCCUGGUCCGGCCCCCAGGCCUCCCACCGACCGACCCCGCCUCAACCUCACGCCCACCCCCAACCUGCCAGGAAACAUGGCCAACAUGAGCCUGAACUCUCCAAUCACACGCGCCGUCCCGACACAAUACAAUGGCUCCACAAUCUCUCUCCCGCUGGGUCGCCAGAACUCGAACAUGGACGGCCAGGGCGGGGUCGCUGUGAUCAAGGAGGGGUGGGCGCAGGUCAAGGAGGCCAAGAACUUCAUCCAGCCCUGGAAACAAAAAUACCUGAUCCUGCGCAAGGAGUCGCUCGACUUCCACAAGCAGGAGGGCGGCAAGAUCUCGUACACCCUGUACCUCAAGGAUGUCAUCAACGUCGGCCGCGUCGAGGCUGCGGGCACCAUCUUCGAAGUCAAGAGGCAGUCUAGUGGGGCGUCUACGAGUCCUGGAGAGGACGACGGAACUGUUCGCACCCUGCAGAUUCGUGUCAAAGGCGACGAUGACUUGUAUGAGUGGAUCGACUUCAUCUACGCACGCUGCCCUGGCAUGGGAGGUGUCAGCAACCCGACCAACUUCUCACAUGCCGUCCAUGUUGGCUUCGACCCCCAGACUGGAGAGUUUGUCGGCCUCCCCCCAGAAUGGUCCAAGCUACUCAAUUCUUCUGCCAUCACAAAAGAGGACUACGAGCGGAACCCGCAAGCCGUCUUUGAGGUUCUUGAUUUCUAUUCGGAUCUCACCAAGCGCGCUGAGAACCCCGCUCAGUACCCUAGCCUGACGCCUACCCCUCCUGCGAGCAGCAUGCAGAACAAGCAGCUUGGAUACAACGGUGGAGGUGCCUCUGUCGCGCCCCCCCGUCCAAUGCAGCCCAUGCAGCGCAACCCGAGCAGCUACAGUGUGGCUGGUUCCCAGCAAGGCGGCUCCGGUGCGCCGCGACGGCCAUCCCCCACAGAGGCACAGCAACAGCGCCAGCAAAUGCAAGGAAUGGCAUCCAACUAUGUCCAGAACGACCAAGCUCGGGAGGAGCAGCGUCAGAAACAGGCCGAAGCUGCCCAGAGACAGAGGAUGAUGGAGAUUGAGGAGCAGAACCGACGCGAGAUGGAGGCCUACAAUGCAUCUCUCCCCAAGUCAAAGACGCCCAUGGCGCAGCAAGAGCUCGGCGGAUAUGGAAGCUCUUCUGUUCCCUCUGCAGACCGCUUCAACCCCAGCCGGGCAGCUCCUGCGGCACCCAGGGCCGCCAACCAGCAAGCUGCCAGCUUGAGGGCUCAGCGUCCUGCCCCUUCUCCUCCCACAGCCGGAGCUGGAGCGAGCCGCCCAGGUAUGACCCAGCAGAGCAGCUCAUCCUCUGUCCGCGACCCCGCGAGCCAGUCUCAACGCCCGCCAGUGCGAAACGACCAGGCUGGCGCCCCUAGCGCUGCCCGGUACCCCAAUGGCGCACCGGCCUCUGCGCAGCCUCGCACCAACGGCCAGACACAGGCACAACAACAACAGUCAUCACGCCUGCCUGCUCCUGUCAAGCCCCUCAAUGUUGGCCCCAAGCCUAGCGCACAGAGCGAUGCCGUCAAGGCCGCCGAGGCAGCGCUUAGCUCCAAGCCUCCCGCUGCUGAGCGAAAGCAGGAUGUGCGCAUGUCUACCAUGUCCGAGUCGGAGGUCAUGGCCAAACUCAAGGAAGCAGUGUCCAAGGAUGACCCCAAUCUGUCCUACUCCAAGCAGAAGAAGAUUGGCCAAGGUGCCUCUGGCUCAGUCUAUGUCGCCAAGGUCAAGGAGACGGCUGUAUCGCCUGUUGCGCGUGAGCUGCUGCGCGCACAAGGAAUGAAGGCACAGGUUGCGAUCAAGCAGAUGGAUCUCGCCCACCAGCCUCGCAAGGAGCUGAUUGUGAAUGAGAUCAUGGUCAUGAAGGACAGCAAGCACAGGAACAUUGUCAACUUCCUGGACGCCUUCCUUCGCAACAACAAUGCCGAGCUUUGGGUUGUCAUGGAGUACAUGGAGGGUGGUGCUUUGACCGAUGUGAUUGAUAACAACCCUGUCAUCACUGAAGAGCAGAUCUCCACCAUCUGCUUGGAGACUUGCGCUGGCCUUCAGCACCUGCACUCCCAAAACAUCAUUCACCGUGACAUCAAGAGUGACAACGUCCUCCUGGAUGCUCGUGGUAACGUCAAGAUUACCGACUUUGGCUUCUGCGCCAAACUUACCGAGACCAAGUCGAAGCGUGCUACUAUGGUUGGCACGCCGUAUUGGAUGGCUCCGGAAGUUGUCAAGCAAAAGGAGUACGGCCCCAAGGUCGACAUCUGGUCCCUGGGUAUCAUGGCCAUUGAGAUGAUCGAGUCUGAGCCUCCAUAUCUCAACGAGGAGCCUCUCAAGGCGCUGUAUCUGAUCGCUACUAACGGUACUCCACGCCUCAAGAAGCCCGAGAAGUUGAGCAAGGAGCUCAAGGCUUUCUUGUCCGUCUGUCUCUGUGUCGAUGUCAAGAGCCGAGCCUCGGCCCGUGAACUGCUCGACCACGACUUCCUCAAGCACGGUUGCCCUCUUCCCAGCUUGGCCGAGCUUCUUGCGUUCAAGAAGCACUCCAAAUAA